GUGACAACCUAUGGUGACAACAACCAUAGGACAACAACACUCAACACAACAGAUACAUUCCUGGAUCUAUGACAUCAGCGAUGUGCAGUCCUAGCUGCCAAGUCAUCUACCUGGCUGGCCAGGAAUAACCCAGAGAUGGAGGUAGAUCAGUAUUUGGAUUUGGCUACCCGUGUAGCAGAGAAAGGCAUGGCAAUGGAGCAUUCACCACUGCAGCAAGCUACUAUUGAAAGCAUCACAGAGUUGGUUGUGAAAGCAUUAGAAGUUGCGAAAUUAACGGAAAAUUAUGCAGACCAUAUAUAUGAUGCAUCCUUAGUAUUCUGGAAGCUGACUGAGCCUUGGAUACGAAAUGGGGCACUAGGCUACCUUGGUACUGGUCUUUCUGCUAUCACUGAAGCACUGUGUAACACAGAGCAUCCUGACCACACGUGGUUAGCCCAGCUACUUACACUGCUAGUUGAAGCACACAUUGAAAAUGGAGACUUAUGCAAGGCGUCGUCUGGUGCAGCAGAGGCUCUACGUGUGGCCUUGCAGUACGAGGAGUGGGAAUGUGCUCAGAGGAUAACGCAACUACAGGGAAGAUGGAAUCUAAUGAAUGAUGAAUUUUGGAGUCACAUUGCUUCACAGCCCCACCUGGUGGUGCAAUUAGAACUUCAUCAACUAGGAAGGCAUCUUAGUUCUCCUCGCAAUAUUCUGAAAAAGAAGAGUGAAGAUGGGCUGCUUGGGCUGUACAAAAGAAUUUUAUCAGUGAAUAGUAAAGCUUUGGCGACAGACCCUGACAAUCCCAAACAGGAAUCCAAUAUGCCUGAGCCUCUCUCAGAUGACAUAAAGCUAUCAGCGACGGACAGAUUAUCCUUGCUCACAGAGCUUGCAUGGCUGUGUGUUGACUAUGAUAACAUAACACUUGCCACCAAAUGCUCUGAACAGAUGUGUAGCAUCACUGAAAUGAAUAGAAGUCAGAAAAUAGAACACCUAUUUUUGCGAUGUCAGAUCCUAUUGAAAACGAAUAGUCAAACAUCCACACAGAUCUCUUCAGAAUAUCACUUACAGAUGGCACAAAAAUGUGAAACUGGCCUAUCUAAAGCUUUAAAAAUAGGUGACAGGCGAUUGAUUGAGAAGGGAGUAGCCACACUGUGGAAUGCCACACUGCCACUGAUGCAACAAGGACCUAAAUCGACCGUACGCCGGUGGCUCCAGAGUGCCUUGGAUGCAUUAGAUCAAGUUCACAGCUGUUUGAGUGAGGUCCGUCUAGGGGUACUCUUGCAACUAGCACAUAUUGAAGCAGAACAGGGAGACCUAAGGCAGGCCAUACAGCAUCUGAUAGUGGCCCAAGAUAUAGAUCAUAGUGGGAAGCACAGUGCUUACAUUACACAGACCUUGUAUCAGCUGCGUCUCACUGUAAAUCCAUAUCAGGAGUUGGACAAUGAAGAGGACAAAGCGACCUUGAUUAUGACACAGGUGCGGCUUCAGCUUGGUAACACGGAUCCUAAAGUCAUCCAGUCUACACUGCUUAGUGCGGGUCAAGUGCUUGCUAGAGGCAAGUUCCUAGAGAUGGUUGACUACAAUUGUACUGACAGCAAGGAGCUAGCCGCUGACAGAUACAAGAACGCUCGUUUGGCCAUUGAGGAGAUGGGAAGACCCAUGCCUCAAGCAGACUCGCAUUACAGACAAAGCAUGUGGCUAGAACUAGCUGAGCUAGCCGCUAUGCACGCAGCAUGGGAUGUAGCUAGGGCAGCGGCAAGGAUCUGCAAGCUACAGUACAGCAGUACAGGAACAUGCUCCUCUCCUGUGAUGUCCACCGAACCACCGACUGCAACUGGGUCUGCACAUGGCGCGCUGUCAGAGCAAACUGAUAACCCAGCUGGAGAGGCAGAGAAACUGCCUGAGGGCGAACUUGAGCCGAUAUCGUCCGAGUUACUAGAGGUGGAUAGGUGGAUGGCUAGAGCUGGCCUUAUUCUAGCUGAGGGCCUCAUGCACUUGCUGAACAUUUGCGAUGCUACUAAGGUAGAAGAAGAAUCGGAUGUGGACGAGAAAGUGCUAGCUGUGGAAGAAGGUGAAGGGAAACUAGUAGCUGGGAAGGAGGAGAAGCUCACAACUCAUUCUCAGAAUAUUGCUGCAGAGGUGUACAGCUCUCUGCAUAGUGCUAUGGUGAUGGCUAAUAGAGCAAAGAUGCCAGAGUUGGUCUACAGAGUUGUGGCGAGCAUGUGGAACUUCAGUCAGCGACUAGUUGUGGAUGGCCAAGAGCACAAGCUGGUCUCACACUUUCUCCCGGCCCUGGAGAUCCUACAAGGUUCGUCAUGUGCUAGGUCAUGUGAGCUCGUCACCAUGCUGACGGCAGUGGCUGCGAGGGGCCUUAUUAAGCCGUGGCUCACGAGGAAGGCAGUAGAACAGCCAGUGUCACCCGUUACUCCAGCCUUGGGUAAGAAGGGGAAAUCGGCCAAGGGCAAGGGAACGGAGGGCCCCGUCAUCAGUACCGAGGAAGCGAAUGACUACAAGCAAGCGUUGACGCUGACAGAACGUGCCAAAGAUGUGGUGGUUGCUAGCUGCAGACAGGAGGGAGUGCUUGUGUCAUUGAGCGUAUACCAGAACCUACUGGAUGAGUGGGUCCAUUGCAAACAUCUCACACGACAGUCCAUUGGAAAAGAUUAUGGAACAGCUAACAUGGAGGAUAAGGAUGUGGCUGCACUAGCGAGCUUCACCUGUGCUUUAGUAGCUCACAGCAUGCUGCGUCAUCGUAGUGACGCUGCUUCACUCAUCACAGUCAAGGAGGUCGUGUUGUAUGCAGAGGCCUGCAGCUGGAGGGAAAGAGAUGGUGAUGUAGAACUGCGUUUGUGGACAGACUUGGGCAGGAUGGCUUUACUGGAUGGGGAACGUUGCAUUGCUGAAAAGUGCUGCCGCUUGGCAGUAGCUGUAGACCAUUAUAAAAGGAGCGUGAAAAACAAAGCGAUUUUGAGUGAAGCGUGGUUCCAACUCGGCACCAGCCUGAUGCCUGAUGCAUCUAUCAAGACUGUGGAGCGAAAUGCUGUGCCAGAAGCAAUGACGAAGAGCAGACCAGGCACUAGGCAGGUUGCCAAUGCGACUGUACCGAAACAACCAGCAGAGGCAUCAGCCAGCGUUGGCAAGACCUCCAACGAAGCUCUGCAUGCUACAGUAUGCAGUGCCAAACAUGGAUACGAGGCGCAGAGACCAGAUCUCGUUACUCGAGCAAUGAGAUUGUUCUGGAACAUGUGCCGCCCUCUUGUGGAAAAAUCUUCAGAUAGGAGCACGCUUGCUGAGCAGGUUAAGCUCAUCCUGAAGUACAGUGCAAAAGGUAGAAGAUCUGGACAGAGUUGUGCUGAUGCCGAUGAUGCUUCGAUACGUGCUGCCCUCUAUGCCGUACUUCUGCAGUCCCAUGCUGACAGGGAGCAGUGGAAACUCUGCUUGCACACUGCAGACGAAGCACUCAAGUCCCUGCCCAGGGGGCGCCACUGCCUUCCCAUAUACCGACUGCGCAUUCUGGCGAGUGCCAUGAUGCACCUACCUAUCGAUGCAGACAUCAAGAAAUUCGUCGAUGAGGGAGACGAGCAGGUCGCAGCUCUGUGGAGGAUGGUUGCCAUGACGAUGUCCAACAUGGAGGACCGAGUGCUAGCGCUUCAUCAGGGAGUGCAGGCAUUAGCGGCGCCGGCAUCGCGCUCACGCCGGGUUGAGCUUCUUUUCGAGAUCGCCGCUGUGCUACGAACUGAUAGGUCGAGCCGAGAGAGGGUUACACCGGUGCUACAGGAUAUUAUAAAUUUGCUUUCUGACUUGGAGACCCAUGUUGUUACCACCAGCAAUGCCACUCUGACAGCACAGUCGCGGGAUAAUCCUGAGAAAGAUCAGUGCACGUUGGGAGUGUGGUGGUUAGACUGCCAGGUCAAGGUUCAUGUCCUGAUGGCUGAACAGGCAGGUUUCGGUACAGACCAGCAUCGCAGUGAGAGUAUGCAAGCUGCGGACUAUGCCACCAGGCUUGUGCAAAUGGUGCUGAGAUCAGCAUUAGAAGAUGAUAAACUUCGCAUCAGCUCCGGCAAGUCUGUAGGAUCGAGAGACAGCAAAACUGGCAAAGGAAGGUCAAAGAUCGGUGCAUGUACUAUGCCCAACAGUGCAGAAGAAUGGGCGGAGUUCAAUAUACCAACGGAGGUCCUUCAUGUUCUACGGAAAGAUCAACCUGGUUUAACCUCUGUGAGUGUUACCACGGUCAACAACCCUUCUAUGUCCUUUGAGCUCAUUGACCAGCUGAUUGAUAGCUUGCAUACUCUUGGCCUGACACUACUGUGCUGCCCCCUGCUGGUACUGCAGCAGUUGCUCGGGGAAGGGUUGCUACAGUCAAAACCGCUGGUUGCGUAUGUAAAUCUGAGAUACCUGAAGAUCUGCGAGGAUUUGGGUUUGACUGAUGCGGCAGAAAGAUGGAGCCACUGUCUGCAUGACGUUGGCAUGACCAUUGAAGUUGCAUUAUGCCUACAAGUGCCCGGGACUGACGUACAGCAAGUAGCGAUGAUUGAAAGGGCCCUGAUAGGGCAAGCAGACGUUCUGUACAAGCUGCAUCGGCCUGCAGAGGCAGUGGCCUGUGCAGAGGGAGCACAGCAAUGUGGUGAGAUGCUGCGAGGACGAGUCAUGCUCUCACACGCGACGAGGGACCUGUUAGGAAGACUGCUCCUGACCAGGGCUUUGUUGGUUCUGCAGGCAGGUGACACGCACGCUGCCCUGCGGCUGCUGCAGCAGGCCCGUCGGCUGCCGUCGACCGUCUCCCUCUCGCGGGACGUGAUGCUGGGAAUCAUCGAGACCCUGGUGACGGCGGGCCGUACCGACGAGGCGGUCGGGUUUCUCGACGAGGCGGCGCGUGACGGAGAGGCUGCGGGGAGUCGCGACCGCGCUUACUACCGAGCAUCACUGCGGGGCUUGCAUGCAGGCCUGCUAGCACACACAGCCCCGGACCGCAGCAGCGAGCUAGAUGUUGUCGACCUUAACAGUACGACGGGCAGAUUAUUUGAGGAAAGCUGGAAGGAGCUUCUGCAGCUAGGGUAUGUGCGCGAGGCGUUGGGCGUCGCCACAAAGCACGCAGAUUUCCUCGCCUGCGUCGGCGCGAACAGCACCGAUAAGCUGCAACUGUAUGAGCGCCACCUUGAGGCUCGCAGAGUGCUGGUCAGUGCGGAGGUGGAAGCAGACAAGCUUCUCACUACCACCAAGCGAGAUCUCGGAGGGCAAUCAAGUCUCUGUCGGCCUGUGGAGAGAGAAGUUGUGACUGUCAAACUGGACCAUUAUGAACUCUGCUUGGACAUGCUGGAACUAUGGACAAAGGAGAAGCUGCAAUAUGAUAUCGAACAGCGAAGCAAGCAUCCAACAGUGAGGUUGAUCGAGGAAUACACAUGGUCAGAUGAAGAUAUGCCGGUGCAGCAGAGGGAAUGGCAGACAACAUGUUGCUCCCUGGCCACUAAAGUUCUCUGUAGUCUGAGCAAGCUGCAUGAUACCUUCGACCACUAUCCGACCCUUCAUGCUAGGUAUCUGUGGCUUCUGGGAAGAUGCAAGGAGUUGGCAUCAAAUGCAGCUGGCUUGCAUCAGCCUCUUCAGUCACAACUGCGAGCUGUCCUCAGCUCCCAGCCAUCGCAAACCAACAACGACGAAAUCCACACGACCGAUGACUGUCAACCCAAAGUGGGCAUGCAUCAGAAACCAGAUCAGCACAUCUCACAGACUAUGGCAGCUGCAGCACUUACUCAUCAGCUGCUGUCAGAAGCAUCUGAACAUUUGCAGCUGUCAUGCAAGAUCGCCUUGCAGUCUGGAUGCUUACACACAGCUGCUGGAGCAGCUCUAGGCUUGGUAGAACUCUGUGGGCAUAGUGAUCCACAUCUCGCUGGAGAAUAUCUUGCCUUAUAUCAGAGCUGCCUAGCGUCAGACAAGCUGCGUGAGGUUCUGUCGUAUGCUUUAAAGAGGGCGCCACAUACACUGCUGACGUCGGGGGAGAGGUUGCUGCAGCACGCGGAGGUGGCUGAUACCUGGACUGGCGAAUCAGUGCACAGCCAACUCCUGCAUAACUAUACGGCCUGGCAGACACUGCAGGUGAGCCCACAGCACUUGGCUCUGAUGAAGGAUCUGCCUGCAAACUUCACUGUAGUUGUAUUACAACAUUCCCUCGACAGAUCGAUGCUGUAUGGUGCAGUACUGGAGAAACCAAAGCACACGACUGGCAAGAUGGUCAAACAACCUGGCAUUCAUGAUCACCCAAUCGUCUGCCGCAUGCAGUCGAACCCAGACAAGUUGCGCCUCCUGGUGGAUCAAUCACGAAUGCUGAGUGACAAGUUAGAUGCAGCAGAGCAUAAAAGAUGUAUGUUCUCAGAAAAACAGCAACAGGGGUCAGCCACACAAGCUGAGGGGAAAAGAGAGUGUGAGGAAGAACUACAAAACCUCGUGGCCUCUACAGAAAUGUACUUGCAACCAGUAUUGUCACAGAUCAGCGAAGUCUUCCAGAUGGUCGAUAAUUCGGCAUCCCAUCAGCAGGAGGCGCUAGUCAUUCUCGCCGACUGCUGGCUCAUGCAGCUUCCUCUAGAGUGCCUGCAAGUGUGCAGUGGCUUUGGAGCUGUGUGCAGAGACUUCUCACUACAGAUCUUACACCACAGGUUUCACCACUCGACUAAGAAGGACGAACGAAAAGGAUCAGCGAGCAGCGAUACAGCUAGCAAGAAAAAAGCCGACAAGAAGACGGCUGGGGGAAAAGCUGCAAGCCUGCGUCCGGUGCCCGCAGGCUACGUGGGGGCGCCACUAGCGGGCACGCGCUACAUAACUGACCCGCACGCGGAGAGUGAGGUUACAGAAUCGGUGUUGCGGUCUGUGCUCACUCAACAUGCAGCUCUGACAGCCAGCUGGGACGGCUACCACGGCAGUAAGCACCAGCCGAACCUCACAGAGUGGCAGGCAAUGCUGGGCGGCUGUAAGAGCUUUAUCUACUGUGGUCUGGAGAGCCUGACAUGUGAGCUGCAAGCACAUGUUCUGGUGCACCUGUCCCUCAGUGACUGUGAGCUGAUGGUUUUAGUCGACGGAGCGCACACCAAAGAGAGCCUGUUGCGAGUCGGCAAGCUGCGGCCAAGCUUCGACGACCGUCUAUCCACGGCGCAGCUACUGACCAUCUGCGGCGUCAGAUCGCUCGUGACAAACGCACUGCCCAGCUCGACAGCUGAGAAUUGCACGCAGAUACAGCGUGUCCUGACAGAAAUGCUAGAGAACAAUAGGAGCACAGGCCAGGUGGUUCAGCAGAUGUAUUGCCCACUAGAUAGCGCUGCCAGUCAACCGCAAGCUGAGAAUCCAACAAGUGACGUUGCCAAGCAACAGACUGGGCGCUUCGUCUGCUACGGUCUACCAAACGUUGUUUUCUGCUGAGCCCGUCAUCCAAGCACUGUCACCGAUUGUCGCAAAACAAAGCAUGAAGGAGCUGAUCCGGUCACAUUAUAGACAUGGUUAAAUGCUACAAACUGAUUCAACUGAAAAAGUCUCAACCCCCACCAUCCAUUUUUCCCAUCUAGACUAGUAGUAUUAAUGAAAUUGAGAUACACAUUUGCGAAUGAGAUAUACGUACAAAAAUUCAAACAAAACCUGUCGGACUUGUUUGGAUUCCUAAAACCUCUAUAAUAAAAUCUGAAAACUCAAGUCUAAAAUACAUAUUUGCAGAAGGGUUAACCAAGAAAUGCAAAUAAGAAGGUUGUACAUUUUUUCUCAUUUAGACUUCGCUGAAAGAGGUCAGAUCUAGAGUUCAUUAAGCCAACCUACUCGUUAGCCUGUUAAUUAGAUUUUCUGCAACCUUAUUUGCUUCCUUACCUGAAAUUUAACAAAAUUAUUAGCCAUCUUAACCCUUAUCUACUACCCGUUAUCUUUUAUGUGCUGUUGAGUAUGCAAUUUAAAUAUAUAAGUAUAGCUA